UACAGUAAGCUGUCAAAAGCUUGUUGCUUAAAUCUGUGCAGCGCUACAAACUAAAGAAGAAAUUAGGUCGGAGACGUAGCGGAAAUAACAAGGUUUAAUUUUCAGAACAGGGCGACUAAUAAAUAGGCUGUUCAACAGACAUUUCGGGAACACUUGACAUAUUGUUUUCGUUAGUUCGGUUGCCGUGUCCUAGCUGGUGCGUGAUUGUCGUAUCCUCUGGGAAGCAGCUCGUUCGUGAUGAUGAGAUCACGAACAGAAAGUGCCUUUGAGAAGAUGUCUCCAACCUGAAGUUGGUUCAUGUACAUUGCUGGCCCAUACUUUUUUUUUUUUUUUUAAAGUCACCCUCAUGCACCAACACAGGAUACCUCAGCUCAAGCCCUUUGUCACUGUUUUGCACACUUUCAGCACCUAAAAGAAUGCUAAAUUUGGGCCACAAUAUACAGGUUAACAGCACGAAGACUACUGACCAGCGUAAGCAUGACAAAGUAACAUUUCUGUGUUAAGAUAAUUGUUUGAUCUCUAUGGGCGCUCUCAUUUGUGGAUUAUACACUCCAGUGUGUUGCUGUAAAAUACACACCUGCGCAUGUUUUAGUGGAUAAUUUUUUUCUUUGUUUGGCCAGUCACCUGAUUUUUCUGCUCUUUCUGAUGGGGGAGUCAUCAGGUUGUUUUAACAGGGGACCGGACUGUACUCGGCGCUAAAAGCUACAGCUUUUGGUGAAUUAGCCUUUCAACAAUAAAACUGACUUUUAAAAUUUGUUUUAAAGUUAAAACUUUUGGAUAUGGCGUUAAAUAUUUCUUCAGCAAGAGACACUAAAUGGCUAACUUUGGAAGUUUGCCGACAGUUUCAGCGAGGAAACUGUUCACGUAGUGAUGAGGAAUGCAAAUUUGCUCAUCCGUCGAAGAGCUGCCAAAUUGAAAAUGGAAGAGUUAUUGCCUGCUUUGACUCGCUGAAGGGCAGAUGCUCAAGAGAGAACUGCAAGUACCUUCAUCCACCUUCACACUUAAAAACCCAGUUAGAGAUAAAUGGGCGCAACAACCUCAUCCAGCAGAAAACUGCAGCAGCUGUGCUUGCCCAGCAGAUGCAGCUCAUGAUCCCUGGACCCAGCCUGCAGCCUGUGCCAACAUUUCCUGUUACGCAGGGACUUGGCACAAACACUGGUCUCAGUUAUGGUUCAUACAUGACACCAUUAAGCCAUGGAAUGAGCCUCAUUCCUUCAGACAUCCUCUCCAGCACUCCGGUUCUUGUUCCAGGGAGCUCACCUGUCUCAGUUCAGUGCUCCUCCUCUUCCUCCUCCUCUUCUUCUUCUUCUCCCUCACAGAAGCUGCAGCGUACAGACAAACUAGAGGUGUGUCGUGAGUUUCAGCGAGGAAACUGUGCAAGAGGGGAGACCGAUUGCCGCUUUGCUCAUCCCAGUGACAGCCCAAUGAUUGACACCACGGAUAAUACUGUCACUGUUUGCAUGGACUACAUCAAGAGUCGCUGUUCCAGGGAGAAGUGCAAGUAUUUUCACCCGCCUGCACACUUGCAGGCCAAAAUCAAAUCCAGUCAACAACAAGUCAGUCAGACAGCAGUGGCAGCCCAGGCCGCAGCUGCAGCCGUGACUCAGUCGACUGCCAAAGCAAUGAAGCGACCCCUCGAGGCAACUUUAGACCUGGCCUUUCCCCAUAGUGUUCUGCAACCCCUACCAAAGAGACCAGUUCUUGAGAAGAGCAGCUGGGCCAGCUCUCUCCUCAGCCCCAGUUUAUUGCACUACCAGCAGGCUCUGGCCAGCUCACACACUCUGCAGCAGCCCACUGCAGCAUUUUAUCCCGCAGGUUCUGUGUUGUGCAUGACUCCAGCUAACGGUGUUGUCCCCAUGAUGUACAGUGCUACGCCUGCUACUGUCUCUGCAGCAACUACUCCCGCCACAAGUGUCCCCUACGCAGCAACAGCACCAACCAAUCAGAUCAUCCUCAAGUAACUACCAGAAACAGAAGUCGGUGCCGUGUUGCUGCUGUUAACGGUCCCGGGCAACAACUCUGUAAAUAUUCUGUUAGCAAUCCACACAAAAUACAGGAAGCUGCAUGCGGAUAACCUCUCUGAUUUUAUCCUGACAUUAAUUUGAUCUGUGAUGAUAAAUUACAUGCAGACACUACUAGAUUAUACUGUGAUGGGUGUCAAAGAAGAUUGUUAUUGUACACGCCUGUGCACGUGCUAACAUACACUCUUAAUGAUGUUCAUUAUUUAUUUGUCUCUACACAAAUUCUGGUGGAGUUAUACAUUUAGCCACUAAUCAAGCAUAAAUAAAAUGGGCUUUCUCAACAGAUUCUACAGAGAGAUAAACUGGCAGUACUACCUUUAUAUUAAAUGACAUGGUGAGCAACAGAGAUGUUUUAAAUAAUGUAAAUAUUUUAAUCUGUUCUCAGUGCGUAGACAGUACCCAUUAAUGCCAGGUGUAAAGGCGUCCUAUAUCGAAGAUUGUUACAGUUUUAUCCUCAUUAUAUUAAACUUCUUUUGUUCUUUAUUGAAUGUGUUAUUUAAACUAAGAAAGUUUUGUUUUUGGUGUUAAUGAUUGUUUAUCUAGUGCCAGAUUUAACUUUUAAUCAAAGAGAAAAGCACUUAAUUUAACCUUAAAUUUAACAAAACAUUGUAAAAAAAAAAUUUAAUCUAACAGCAGGUUUAAGGAUGUCCCUUUAAAAUGCUCUGAGUCUCUCUAUACUUUACCCAGAGUGAUGGAUCAGUGCUCCACCUCCUGGUGUGCCUUUGCAUUACAUACUCAGAUUGUUUUCUUUUGUGAGAGAAAUGAACUGUUUUAUCCAUUCAAAGCAUUUUUUUUUUUCUAAUUUAACAGGAAUGGGGGGGGGGGUUCCAUGUGGAUUAUUGCUCAUGACUACAGCUGACUUACUGAUGAAUCUGUAAAUAGAUUUCAGUUGUUCAAGUUAAUAUAGCCUCCACAGCCAUGAAAGUUAGCUCAAUUAAAGAGUGUGAAAUUACUGCUGCUCAUGUUCAAACUAAAGUUGUGAUCCUGUGAGGGUUGCGUGUCAAGUAGUGUCUGAACUGUUAGUCUUAAUGUUGCAGUCACUUGUCCGUACUGUAUUAUUCGAAGGUUACAAGUGCCUAAACAGUUGUGCAUGCAAUGACAUCUAAGGUAAAAGGUUU